UACAGCACUUGAAGGCAACCAUGAGCGCAGCAGCUCUUACAGACGGGCUCAGCGCCAAGUAAACUCUUCUGUCCUUCCUCACCGACUCAUGAUUACAGCAUCUGGACUGCCCUCUCCUCUUUUCUCACUGGAUCUUUGUCUUUGGAAACUUUGGAAAGCAGUUUCCUCUGUGUGCUAGUGUGCAGAGUUGAGCCUUUCUGUGUUGCACUUUCAGACAUCCACGGCACAUAUGUUUUCAGUUUGACCUCCUCCUCCGUCUCGUCUGGAUGCCCCCUGGUACCUGAGGAGAAGGGGAGGAUGGUGACUGACACGAUGGACAUACAUCCACUGAUAUGAGUGAUAUAUACAGGAUCAACUCACUCUUAGUUGCUUUUCUCCCAGUGCAACAGUACAUGCCUUGUCACUAAGAAAAAGGAAAAAAAAGAACAGCAGAGUAGCCUGCAAACCCAAAUCUGGUAAACGGCUCCGAGCUCUGUCUUGGGUCUCGACAGCUGUCUGAAAAGCAGUAUGAACUGCAGCGGCCCCUUUCCAGUACAUUCCUGUUCAAUACUGAACUGAAGUCAGUGUCUUCAGAAGAUGCCGAGGAGGAUGGUGACCCUGAGGAGGAUCCUCCAUGUGAAGGGAGAUGUAAUUUGCACGAUGCUGCUACUGAUACUAUUCUGUUUGCUGCUCUAUGUGCGCCAGGUCGUGCUCUCCUCUGGGUGGGACAGACCUGUGUGGAAGCUAGAAGUUCAUGGCUCUACGAGCUCCAGCAGGACCCUGCUGGGCGCCAGCGGGGCCAAAGUAGGCCAGGAGUCUCCAGUGCAGUUCCCAUCCAGCCCUUCAGAGCCACAGCUGCCUUCUUGCAAGCCCCAGGCCAAGUCUAAACCUCCUGAGCCCAAGUCCAAACCUCAGGUCAAAUCUAAGGGGAAAUCCAAGUUGCGACGGAAAAAUGUUCUGCCGACUAAGACCGCUGGCAAGCCCCUGCCCACGAUGCCACCAUUUGAUUUUGAAGGCUAUCUGAGAGAAAAGGACAACAGAGACUUUAAGCUGCUCAUAGACCAGCCAGAGAAAUGUCACAUCGCAGGAGCAGAGGAGGAAGAAGAAGGAGGAGGAAGUAAAGAGUCUACUACUGCUCCCUACAUGCUCAUUGCAGUCAAAUCUAUCGCUGCAGAUUUUGAUAAACGUCAGGUGGUACGUCGGACCUGGGGUAAAGAGGGAGUUUUCCAAAAUGGUGCGUCCAUCCGUACUGUUUUCCUGCUGGGGGUUCCCAGGAAUCGUACUGCUCUGCCUCUGUGGGAUCGGCUCUUGACCUACGAGAGUCAAACCUUUAGGGAUAUCCUCCUCUGGGACUUUGAUGACACCUUCUUCAACCUGACGCUGAAGGAAACACAUUUUCUGAAAUGGGUUAACAGCAGCUGUCCUCAUGUCAAGUUCAUCUUCAAGGGCGACGCUGAUGUGUAUGUUAACGUGGAAAAUAUACUCGAGAUGCUACAAGGUCAAAAGCCAGAUGAGGAUCUGUUUGUUGGUGAUAUUAUUUUCCAUGCUAAACCCAUUCGCCGGCGCAGUUCCAAGUACUAUGUGCCAGAGUUUGUUUAUGGAGGGGGUUUGUACCCAAAUUACGCUGGGGGAGGAGGGUUUGUCAUGUCGGGACAUACGGCUCGGAGACUUAGCUCUGCCUGUCAACAGGUGGAGUUGUUCCCCAUUGAUGAUGUCUUUCUGGGAAUGUGUCUCCAGCUGAUCAGUGUCAAACCAUCGCUCCACCAGGGCUUUCGGACCUUUGGAAUUCCCAGACCGUCUGCAGCGCCCCACCUUCAGACGUUCGACCCCUGUUUUUACAGGGAACUCAUGGUUGUUCACAGCCUCAGUGUUCCUCAGAUCUGGCUUAUGUGGAAUCUCCUGCACGACCCCAAACUGAGUUGCCACAACAGGACGAGCCUGACAUCCUUGCACUUUAAGUGGAAGGGGAGGAUGGGAGAAACGGCGGGAGAAGAGACGGACUAUGGUGAGAAGCGGGUGUUUGUCACGCAUUAGUGACUUUCUGCCUGUUGAGUGGGAUCUGCAAGAGCCCUAGAGAUUACAAAACUGUUAUAAAACUGGAUCUGUGGCCAACUUCAAAGGCUUUUGAUCUGUUCAAAAUCUCAAUUGAGAAUUAUGAGACAAACUGGCCGAUCAUCUUUGGGGAAAUUAAUUGGCAAAAGCCAAAUGUGCUUCAGAUUUUCAGUAAGCAAGCCCAAAGAGAAUUUAGGCUUUUGACAUCUGAGCCCAUCUGUGCUCAUAUAGUAUUUAUGAACAACUACGCAGCAAGACCUUGAGUUGCUAAGAAGAUUGUGUAAUGAGUUGAAUCUCUUUGGCCUUUUGAAUGUUUAAUCUUCAGAAUGUAUUGUGUUAUAAUUGUUUACACAGAGUGACAGUAAGAUCCACAAGGACGACAUAAUGAAAUGUGGUUAGCUGGUUUAACCCCAUCCAAGCGUAAAUGCAUGUGUGUCUGAGACCACAACAUUGUUAAUAUUCUGACUUUCAUUGGACUGUGCAGACAGGACUGGGUGAGUGGAAAGACAGUAGACUUUCUGUGUUCUCAACGUGAAUCUCUAGCAGAGACGUACCUCACUUCCUUAUGCUGGAUAGAAGCACAAAUGGACAGUCGCAUUAUCUGUUCCCUGGAGGAACAACAAAUGAAGCCUAAAUGGAAACCAGCUGCACAGUGGGAGCCAGCUGGGACCAUAGCACACACACACACACACACACACACACACACACACAUGCACAUGCACACACAAAACCUCUGCUGAAUGUUUGUGGAAAAGACUGAUAUUUUAGGAGUCAGGCAUGUGUACUUUCAUGUGUACACUUUAGCUUUUACUAUGAUCUAAUUUGUUUUGUAUAAUUCUGUGUCUUUAUAUGUUUUCCCUCAUCUGCUUUCAAAAUGUUCAGUGUUAAAAAUGCUGCAAGGUAGAUUUAUGCAGAUAAACAUUCCUAUUCAACUGCAUUCCAAAACAUGUUCACAGACAUAGACAGAUCUAAACGGAUCACAUUUGUGUCUAUUAGUGUGACUGUUCAACAAGCUCACGUGUUCUGGACUUCAGCUCGUGCCCUUUUUUGCCAUGCUAGCAUGGCUCUAUGCAGUGUCGGCCUGUCCACCACUUUGAUCCAGACUGAAAUAUCUCAACAAUUAUUGGAUGGAUUGCCAUGAAAUUUGGUACAGACAUUCAUGGUGCUGAGAGGGUAUAUACUAAUGACUUUGACAAUCUCCUGACUUUUCCUCUAGCACCACCAUGAGGUUGACAUUUGUGGUUUUGAGUGAAAUGUUUCAACUAUUGUAUGGCUUGAAUGGCCAUGAAAUUUGGUGCACACAUUCAUGUCCUCCUCAGGAUGAAUUGAAAUUAGUGGUGAUCCUCUGAGUUUUCCAUCAUCAGGAUAAAAUUUUAACUUGUCCAAUAGUUUGCUUUAUGAUCAAAUACCUGCAGAACGAAUGACAUUUCCAUCAGUCUCAGCUGUACUUUGUGUUUAGUGUUAAAUAGCAAACAUUAGCAUAGUUAACUGAGAUGAUGAACAUGGUAAACAUUAUACCUGCUUAGCAUCAGUAGCAUUGUCACUGUGAGCAUGUUAACAUACUCACGUCAAAGCACCGCUCUGCCUAAAUUUCUGCCUCACAGAGCCGCUAGCAUGGGACCGCUAGCAAAUACAUGUUACAGCUAACGUGUCUGUUGUUAAACAUAAUGGGGAUCUGAAUUGCUUCAGUAAUGUAAAUUAGAUGCUGCACUCUUAAGCAUGAAUGAAUGCAUGCACACUACAGUCUGAGGUGUAAAUGCAGUGUUGUUGGUCAGUGUGUGCAAUUGAGAGUUUCAGUUUUGGGGCACUGGACACUUCUUUAAUAUAAAUGAGGUCUCCUGAAAUACAGGAUUAAUUGAUGUGAUUACUGUAUGCAUGUCCCAUUGCUGAUUUAUAUACAUUUGCAGACAUUUAUGGAUAAAUAAGCUCCAAGCUGUGAUGUUGUGCUUUGCCAAUUUUUUUAAGGAGGUAUUUGAGGAGAAAUCAAUAAAACAGUUUUGUGUCCCAAUGGUGAAUGCUACAAUGAGCCAAUGGUCAGCUGAUGUAAAAAAACAAAACAAACAACUAAAAAACAAAAAAGAAAUUUAUUAGAAGAGAGCUCUGGAUCUCAUAGGAGAGAAAACAUUUGGAGGAAGACUUCCUACCUUAUCCGUGUAAAACUGUCUCUGACUAAUAAUAAUAUAAUUCUGCCAGGCUUAGAUACAAAACAGAUGUUGAGGUUAAGCACAAAGUCUAAAGUGCAAUAUAAAUCUGAGUUUCAAGGUUGUGUAAACUAAGAAAUAAAGACCUCCCAAUCUUUUUCACAUCCACAUUUUUAUUGUUGCUUCAUGUCCUGGUUGCACACGCAGAAAAUGAACUUUGAUGUCAAUGAACACAGAGCAUUUGAUUUCAUAAAAGUCUAAAUGUUGCAUUGGCGUUGUUAGAGAUUGCACAGCAGUAGCUCAUCUCAACAAGCAUCAUCAAACACAGUCUUAGUAUUUUGCUGGAGCAAAGCUUUCAGUCAACCUAAUCCUUUUAUUUGCACUACAUGGUAUUGUUAUUGCCUUUUUUCAGUGGACAUGCUGAAUAAAUCUACUUAUUUCUUCAUACACAAAGUUAUAGUAAUCAAAAUAUAAAAACGCCACAUUCCAAUGAAUUUCACAAGUUUUAAUUAAGUAUAACUGCCUCAUUUCCAGAAAUGGGCUUAAAAUGUCCACAUAAUAUAUUCUGAGGAGAAUAAGCGAGAUGGACAACAGAACAUAUGAUACCAAGAACAGACAAUACAAAGCGUUAACAUGAGAUUAUCAUUACACUGAACUGAAGCUGUCUGUUAUAAGUUACAACAAUCUGGUUAUGACAAUCAUUCAUUCCUGCAUUCAGUGAAAUGAAAAAAAAGGUGAAAUUUAAAAGCAACACAGACCUCCAGAUUAAAGUUUUCACUUGUUUUUCUAGCUUAAUUUUUUUUUUAGAAAAACAAGGAUGUGAUAUGUCCACCUGAGUUUGGGUGAGAUUAACUACCCAGCACCCUAAAGCUCCUCUCUUGGUCUCUCAGUAACAAUAUAUCAUCACAGCACUGACUGCCAAUGGCGCUGGGCUGGGCUUACCAAAACUGGGUUAAAUGAGUAGAAUCUGUUUUCCUUCCCAUGUCAGCAUCUAACGUCUGUAUUGUUCUAGGCUCAGUUUCCCCCUAAAUAAAUGAGCCUUUAUGUAUGUUUUCCCACAGAAGCAUCUCGAUUAGCUUCAUUCACCAUUGCCUCUGCGGUUUCUGUUUUUCACAUGGUCUUUGAUCCAUCUGCUUCCAAUGGAGCGGCGCUCAAGUUAGCUCUGAGAUGUUUUGGGGCUAUGACCAAUUUAUUUAAAUUCAGCAGUCUGGAGGGAGAUAAAGAUUGGUUUUCCUUCAGGUUUUAAUGAAAAUCUGUCAGCAUGCAUUCUAUUCUUUUUUCAGAUACCAUCAACUGGAUAUAUAUAUAUAAUUUUUUUUGGCAGAAUUGCAUUGCUAAAAUAUUGUAUUCCACAGCAACUAUAAUGAGCUUUUAAGGGCUAUGAACAUUUGCACAUUGUUCUGGGUGUUUGGUGUAGUUAUAAACACGCACACACACACCACAUAAAACUAAGAAACAGAACAAAGUACAAAAUAAAAUGUUGGUGGAAAACCCCCCCUGAAAAACCCUUCCAGGUAACAGGAAAACUAAAACGAGACAGCCAUAAUACCAUCUUAGCUUGUUGCUAAUGCUCAGUGACACGCACACAUACAUACAAUGAUGCAGGUCAAAUGCAUUCUCAAAUCGUAUGUACAAGGAGAUUCCUUUUUACAGAGGAGAGACAGAAGUCAAAGACAGGCUCGGUGGGAGAUGAGGCACAAUGUUCAACAGUUUUGUGUUUUCUUUUUCUUGAUUCUCUCAUUUUUACUUGCACAAAAGCAAGUUGUAGUAAAAUGUUUGAAUAUAGCUUUCAUGACAGUUAUAUUACAUUUUUCCCUAUUCAGCUCAAGAUGUGGAUAAACCAGAACAGGAGUUGGGAACUUUGUGUUUCCAAGUUAAUCAGACACUGCUGGACAGCCAUUGCUCUUAAACGUCUUAAACCUGGGAGCCCAGUGAGAACAUUUGGUUAUUUGUUGGAAUUAAUCUUAAUAGCUUUUGGGAUCCCAGUUUAAGAAACUAGACUGUGAAAUAUUCACCUCUCCUGCUUCCACAUCACCUCACUUAUGAGGGAGUCUGGCUACAAGUAAGCUGCAGCCAAAGAGAUAUUUUUCUAGUGUGGUAAACAAGUAGACCUAAAAUCUAGCAACAUGCCACUGGAUAGACUCCAAAUCAGAUUCAGUCGACUCUACAAACACAUCUCUACCAGAGCUCCCUUCCAGACCAAAUGUGAAGAAGAAUUAUUGUUUUCCCUGCCUGCGUAAAUGGAGCUUUUUAUUUUAUGCCGUUUCUGUGGAUCAAACGUCAAACACCCUGCAGUCACAGUUCAAGCAGAGCUGAAGCAGGGCUAUCUACUGACACCCAACACAUCUGUGUACUUGCAGACUUAGCAUUGCACGAGAAAACGUUUCAAUACUGAGUGAUCUGGAGUUAAAAAAGGAAAAUAUUUGAUAGUAAAGUUGUGAGCAGAUGCCUCCUCCUGAGUUUUAAGUCUCAUCAGAAUCAAGGAGGAAAUAUUGAGAUACUCAGUCACUGUGUCUGUCCCAAGCCAUUAAGAUCAUGUAAAUAAGAGCACACAACUAUCUACAGCAUUUGUACAUCAACUCCAAGCAUCAGGGCCCGAAUACAUAAAAAGAAUUUUUCAGAAGUGGCGAACUAACAGGAUUUACACAGCAUAGAAACACUUUUCUUCAACUGCUCUUUAACAGGAAUAGGAAUUAUAUUGAAUCAAUAAUUUAGACACUUGGAGUGAGCGUUUCUUUCCUUCUGACAAUAUGGAUAAAAGUUUUCAUACUAUAAUUUAUUUACUGAAAAACUGCUUUUAAGCACAGUGGGUUGGCUGGUCCUUGUGGAUGCUGCUGGUCUCACACAAAUUCACAUUGUGAUACCACUUGGUUUAAAAAAAAAAUCUAUCAAUUAAUCAAUCGAGUAGUAAAACAUCCAAAAUAAACUACCACCGUGAAGCCAGUUUGAACGUCAAAACUCGCUUCAAACUGCUCAAUUACCCAUUCCAUGCAAACCACCUAACUUGGCAUUUUAUGCUCUUAAUUCUCUGGUCAGCACUUUCAACACUGUUGUGUAGACGGGCCCUGACUUCAACCCUGAUGCCUUCACACAUGUUCAUACAAUCAAUCAUAAAUUCAGCAAAAGUGAAAAAAUAAAAACAAAUGGCAUUUGUAUCAAGGGACAAUAAAAGAGAAUAUGUGUAUUAAAAUUAAUACACAGUUUAUUCAAAUGCUUAUGAUUAAAAAGAUUUUAAAUUCAUACAUUAGAAGGGAGAUGCAAAUAAAUGUUAUGAUGAAGGAAUGACUGAUGUUCUUCCCCAUUUCCUAAAUGGGUUCAAAUGUACUGAAUCCACAGAGAAAUAAUGGUAAUUCUUUAAAUUACAGCUCUCUGACAACAAUAAUCACUGUACAAGAGACGACCACAUGAAAGACGACACUAGUUGUUACUAUUCUUAAUGUGUCUCUGGCUGUAACCAAAUCCAGAUGCAUGCUGAUUGGUUUAAAAACACUCACAUAAGUCAGCUAUUCAGGUCUUGUGUAAUUACUGUCAGCAGUUACAGGAACCAGGAGCUGAAUUUAGAGGCUUUACCACAGCAAUGACUUUGAUGUGCAGAUUUGAAACAAAAGAUGCAAGAGAAAGGAGAUGGCCGACACGCGACUCUCUCCAUAGGACAGGUUUAGACAAGAGAUUACAGUGAUAAUGUCAGCAGAUCAAAUGAAAUCAUCCUGAAAUGUCUUUGGCUGUAGCAUUUGGCAAUUCAACAAAGAAAUAAAUGCAGACAUUGCUGAGGGAUGAAUUGCAAUGCAUCAAUCAAUCAGAUGUAGAGAUGGAGAAAGAGGGAGAAGAGUGUAACACAGAGGAAAUGACUGCAUACACCAUGCACCAUGGGAAGGACCUCUACUCUGUCCAAACGUAUGGAUACAAACACACACAUUCUCACACACACACACACACACACACACACCACUAUCUCUUCAAAUGUCUCCACAAAUCCAUCUCUGAGGAUAGGGCACAAUCAACCACUCAAGUAAAAAGGUGUGUAUUAGUGCAAAUGUAAAAACUGUUUUUUGAAAGAACACAAUGAAAAUGGUCAUGGUGUGAAUGAGUGAAGCUGGGCAGAGAGAAAUAAUACAACUGUGUGCCAAGUCCACACCCUUCACAACAUGCAGGAUCAAAAAAACAAAAUAGGCUGCCAGUUUGUGCUUGUAAUAAGUCUCCUC